AUGGCCAUAUCCACCAUUCCCCUCCCCCUCUCCAUCCGACCCUCAACCAGCUCCUCCACCAGCAGCUCCUCUUCGCUCCUACCACCCACCCCGACAACACCAAACAGACACCACCACCACCACCAGCCCACCUACAUCCGCUCCGGCAUCGGCGGCGCCGGGAACUGGCACAAAGCCUCAUCCAUCCCGCCCCCGCCCCCACCUCACCAAUCACCAGUAGCCGCCCACCAUCAUGACGGAGGCUUCGAUAACAACUUCCCCACCACCUCAUCCCCCCUCCUCACAACAACAGCAGCAUCCCCGUACCCUCCAUUGAACCACAUCCCCCUCCGCACAACCUCCUCGACGCACUUCAAAUCCGGCAUCGGCGGCGCGGGCAACACGCACCCGCUGACGGCGCGCUCCGUGCUCGGCUUCGACGAGGAGCUGGCGCGCUGCCGGGCCGUCGAGCGGCGCCUGCCCGCCGCGUACCCCGUCGGCAUCGGCGGUGCGGGCAACUUUCGUUGCAGGGACGCGGGUUAUGGCGGAAUGAAGAAGAGGCUGAGGCCGCAGAGGAGCGCGGGGGCUUUGGGGGGAGGAGGGGGGAUGAUGAUGAGUAUGAAGAGAAGUGAGGGGGAUUUGAGGGUCGAGGCGGCCGAGGCCGGGAGGGAGGCAGUGCCGAGGGCGAUGGUGGAGGUGGUGGUGGGGAGUGGUGGAGAGGGGGGUGUGGUUAAGAGGGUGAGUUGGGGAGACGACAGUGUGGAGGAGUUUGAGGCGGAUGGGUAUGAGGGGGAUAACGAGGCGGAGAGGGAGAGGGAGUGUGUGUAUUACAGCAACGAGCCGUUGCCGUACGGGGCGUUGGAUGUUCUACGGAGAAGGUUGGAGAGGGCUUUUGCGAGCCGCCGCGGUGGUGCGAGGGAAGUAUUGGCGAGCCCGAAGGACAAGGGGAUCGGGGCGGUGUUGGUGGGCAGUGAAGGCGAGAGGAGGGGACUGAGGAGCCAUCGGAGUAUGUGGCGCUUCUGA